UUUUUUUUUUUCUAUUUUCAACCCUUUUUUUUUCUCCUUUUCUAUUCUUUCAAUCUCAUUGUCGCCAUCUUUUUCUUUCUCUUUAAUCAUAUUCUCCCUUUUACUUUAAAUAGUGGAAACCAAUAGAAAAAAAAAAUUAUGGCGGCAGAAUAUAAACAGAAACUUUACGAAAUCCAACGGCGACAAGAUAACCGUAUCUGUUUUGAUUGUGGUGCUCCUAAUCCUCAAUGGGCUAGUGUGUCUUACGGUAUCUUUAUCUGUCUGGACUGUUCCGGUAUUCAUCGAUCUUUUGGUGUUCAUAUUAGUUUUGUACGAUCGAUUAGUAUGGACAAAUGGUUUGAUGAUCAAUUGAAGAAAAUGGAUAUUGGUGGCAAUCAAAAAGCAAAAGCCUUCUUUGAAAGUCAAUCAGAUUAUUCGCCCAAUAUGCCAAUGACUCAAAAAUACAAUAGUAGAUUUGCUGCUCUUUAUCGUGACAAGUUAUCAGCAGAAGCAGAAGGACGUUCUUGGACACCAUCGCCUAGUACACAAAUAACUCAAGCUAGCCGUGCUACUACUAAAGUGUCUACUCGAUCUCUAAGCGCUGCUCAACGAACUGGAUCUUCAGGUUCACUUUCUAGUCAACAACAACAACAACGACCUAUGGGAAGAAACUCUCCUUCAGCUUUUGGUUCAUCAAGUUAUGGAAAUGAUUCGACUUUAUCUGGUGGUGGUAUGGUUAGCGAUAAAGCAAGAAAUGAAAAUUACUUUGCUAGAUUGGGUGAUGAAAAUGAAAAACGAUCAGAAGCCUUGCCUCCAAGCCAAGGUGGCAAAUAUACCGGAUUUGGCAAUCCUGCUUUUGAAUCUCAAGCCUCGAAUAAGAAUGGUGUAGAUGUGAAUGAUCUGAUGAAUGAUCCUAUGCAAGCUUUGACAAAAGGAUGGUCAUUAUUAUCGGUGGGUGUCGGUGAAUUGGGCAAAGUUGCUGCUGAAGGUGUUCGUGCUGCUACUCAAGGCGCUGGUCAACUUGGAAAAUAUGCAAAUGAAAACUAUGUCAGACCUGCACAAGAUCAAUGGAAUGAUCCAAACUUUAGAAACAAUGUUAAUGGAUAUGUAAGUGCUGUUACCCAAAAGACUCAAUCAUUAUAUACAAGUAUAGACAAGAGUUUACGAUCCAAUUCUUCACCCAUACGAAGUAAUACUAUGUCUAGCUCAUCUCAUACUUCCUCUAAUGACGAUGGUGAUUUCUUCAACAAUACCAUUUCCAACUUGAAACAACAAAGCCCGGCUGGAUCUCGUAGCUCGUCACCUUCCCCUAUGAAUGGUUAUGGAAGUACUGUUUCAUCUCGAUCUCGCACGCCUUUGAGGGAAUCCACCAAGAAAACAACAACCGCCAAAAAUAACUCGGAUGAUGAAUGGGAAGGCUGGUAGAAGGCAUGUUUUUAUUUUUCUUUUACAAUAGAUUCAAUAGUUUAGUUAUUCUUCCUUUUUUUUUGAUUAUUCAUUAUAUAUUUAUCCCCUCCAUUUUUAUUCUAUGUAAUCAAUAAAAUAAAAUGAAAUAAAAGAAAAAAAAGAAAACAAAGGAUCAGAUCCAUUAUAUUCGAA